AUGCGAGGUAAGCGAGCCCGCCGUGUCUCCCCGGUCCGGCCAACUCAAGCCAGAUGGAGUGGUAGGCAGAGGGAGCAGUGUCGUGGGGCUGGACGCAGAUUCCGGGAUCGUCCCCUGCGCGCGUCCCUCGCGCGGGAGCUGCGCCCUGGCCAGGUCCGCGUGCCCGAGCCUGCGCCGCCCAAGGGCGAGCACCAUCCUGAAAAAGUUUUGCGGAGAAAGUUCCACAGGAUAAAAGCCCGCGCUGCCCGCAGCGGGGAAGGCUCCUUGGUCAAAGGGCCGCUGCGGGAGGCGGUGCAGGGUGAACCUUGGGCAAGGACCCACGGCAGCGACUGCUGUGGCAGGUCCCCUGGGCGAGAUGGCGGCUGUGGGGUGACGCGCGUGAGACAGGGGAGAACACCUGCUCCGGCUGCACUUUGGGCUCUCGGGACGGAUGGCCUGACCUGCUUUAGGGAUCACUUUAUCUUGUCCCCUUCGAUGCCGGGACGUUCAGGUUUCCUGCGCGCUGUGCCCAGACCCACUUUCCUCCACUUUCGGCUUGGCCACUUCACUCUUUUCUCGGAGAGCGGGCCGGGUGCCCGCGUGCCGUGGGGAUAA